CAGGUUAAGACCAUCGCCGCCUCGCUCCAUCAUCAGAAAUCAGAUACCAAAAACAUAAAAAAAAAAAUUCUCUCUCUCUCUCUCUCUCUCUUUCUCUCUCUCUCUCACUCUCUCUUCAACCAAAGCAUGCACAAGUCAUCGAAACGACUCAAACACACCGGACCUCCGCCGACUGAAUAUUUACCUCCGGCAAUGCUUUUGCCGCGGCUUACUCAAGAUCAAGAACUCUUCAUCAUGGUUUCCGCUCUGAAAAAUGUCGUCUCCGGCACCACCAGUAGCACCUCGGUGGCUACAGAUUUGUUUCAUCAAUUCGCCGCCGCUGCCAGUAGUUCCUCCCCUGCUACUGCUGUUGCUUCUACAGCUGUUACUACCACCACGGAUAGUUUAUAUAAUCCAAUACCGCCACCGUCGGAUCUUGACACGUGUAACAUAUGCAAAAUCAAAGGAUGUUUAGGAUGCAAUUUUUUCCCGCCAAAUCAAGAGGAAAAGAAAGGAACGAGAAAAAGAGUGAAGAAAAAUUACAGGGGCGUGAGGCAGAGGCCAUGGGGCAAGUGGGCAGCGGAGAUAAGAGAUCCACGACGGGCGACAAGGGUCUGGCUAGGGACUUUUAACACGGCGGAGGAGGCUGCUAGAGCUUAUGAUAAGGCGGCGAUAGAUUUUCGAGGUCCACGAGCAAAGCUUAAUUUCCCAUUUCCGGAUAAUACUGCUAGUAAUUUAGAAGGGCAGAGUACUCCUCAAGAACAACAACAGAAAGAAAAUGGGAAAAGAAAGGAAUUAGAAGUGGAAAUGCAAGUUGGAAAAGAAUAUGAAUUCUGGGAAAAAAUUGGAGAAGAUGAAAUUCAACAAUGGAUGAACAUGAUGGAUUUUAAUGGAGAUUCGUCAGAUUCUACUGGUACUGCUGCUACUACUACUAUUGCGAAUUAGUUUUAAUUGUAAAGUUUAUUUUUAUUUUUUUAGAAAUUUUUAUGAUUCUUUCGCUCUUUUUCCAACGGAGAAUCAUCAGUUAGUGGUUUAAGGAUGUCAAUUUCUAUUCACAAAUUGUAUAGUAAUUGUUCAUUCUUAUAGAUAAGAUAUGUAUAAUUACUAAUUUGUUCCUACUAGAAUUUCUUGUUUAUAAAAUUUAAGAAAUAAUAUUUAAUUUACCCUUUAAACUUA